AUGCAAUUAAUUAACAAAAUCGUCUAUCAAACACGACGACGUCCGGUAACUGAUAACAACGAAAGAUUGAAAAUGAUUUUGGGUCUACGGAAACUGUUAUGUGUCGGUUGGAUUAUGCAGAAAAUUGUCGUGAAAAAAGAAAAAAAAGUCCAUGGGACUUACAGAUGCCAACCAACUAGAAAUUUUUUUUCAAUAUUUAUUUGUGAAUUUUGUUUAAGUUAUCAAAAUGACUAG